AUGUCCCCAUUCAAAUUCGUCAAUUCUACCGCUCCCGUCCCCGGAAAUGGCGGCCCUCCACCUUCAGAAUUUACAAUCAAUGCCCCCUCCUCGACAGACAUCUGGGCCAAACCCCCCUCAACCACGCGCUUCUCCGCGCCAAUCCUCUACCAAUCGAUGCCAUUACAAUCCUUCAAACGCAUCCGCGUCGCCAUAAACGCGCAAUGGAAAUACCUCUACGACCAAGGUGGACUCAUCAUCGUCCUGCGCAACGCAGACGGAUCCCACAAAUGGGUGAAAGCCGGCAUCGAGCUCACCCACGGCAAGCCGCAUCUCGGGGUGGUGGCGAAGGACCGGUGGGCGGAUUGGAGUUUGUUGCCUGUGCCGUCGGGGGGUGGGGCAGCGACUAUUGAGAUGGUGAAGGAGGCGGAUGGGAGUUUGUGGAUUUAUUUGGUGGAGGGGGUGCAGAAGUCGCCCAUUCGGGAGGUGACGUGGGUGUUUGAGGAGGAUGGGAUUGAGGAGGCUUGGGUGGGUGUUUAUGCGGCGAGGCCCGGGGGUGAAGGGGGUGAGUUGCCGGUUAACUUUGGACAUUUGAUUGUCGAUACAGUUUGA